AUGGCCUCUUCCAUAUCCUCCAUGCCUGCCGCAUUGACUGCGCUCACCAACUUUGUUGAAAUGUCGAACGAUACCGCCGUCGCAUUACAGUCGUUCAUUAUUCCGCCUCUUCACGUCGUCCAUGUGCGCCGACCAUGUGUUGAACCACUGCUCAAGUAUGGCAUGCCGAUAACGGUUCCCUUUUUGCCAAUGGUGGUAAGCCGUGGACGGGAAGAUCAGUCGUCGUUCUGGCCAGAACUUCGAAUCGUCCAGAUGCCGGUGGAACAACUUCGGUAUUACCUUAUCGUGGCUCUUUUCGUGAUAGAAAUCCAUCUGAGCUGGAUCGUCGUCGAUAAGACCGGUGCAUUCCUCCAAGCUAUCCUUCGCGCCGUGUGUAGCCAUGUCGCGGGCGACAUUGUCAAAGAGGACGCGUUAAGUCGGUAG